AUGGCAGACGACAGCAUAGUCCAGCGGGUUGCCGAACUGCGACGGGAAUUGCAUUAUCACAACCACCGCUACUACGUGAUGGACGAUCCCGUCAUCAGUGAUUUCGACUAUGACAUGCUCCUUCAGGAACUGCGCACCAUUGAGGAAGAACACCCUGAACUGGUAACGCCGGACUCGCCGACUCAUAGAAUAGGGGGAGAUCCGGCCGAAGGCUUUGUUCAGGUGGAACACAGGCACACCAUGCUGAGCCUGGGUAAUGCCUUCGACGAUGAAUCCCUGGAAGCCUGGUACCGGCGGGUAAGAAACCUGCUUGAUGACGCUGAUUUUUCCAUGACCUGCGAGCUGAAGAUCGAUGGACUGGCGGUAAGUCUCGUCUACGAAGACGGGGUAUUUGUUCAGGGAGCAACCAGGGGCAACGGAUUUGUGGGGGAAAAUGUAACCCAAAACCUGCGCACUAUUCGUUCCAUUCCGCUGGUCCUUCAGGGCGACCCGCCGCCUUACCUGGAGGUCAGGGGCGAGGUCUAUAUGCCCGUGGAGAGCUUCCGCCGUCUAAACGAGGAAAGGGCCGAGCGGGGUGAGCAGCUAUUUGCCAACCCCCGCAACUCCGGCGCUGGAACUAUCCGGCAACUGGACCCCAAGGUCACGGCAUCCAGGAAUAUGCAGAUCUGGGCCUAUUCCCUGGGCGAUGCAGGCGAUGUGCCAGGCCUGCCUGAUCACUGGGAAGCUCUUGAGUGGUUAAAAUCCCUGGGCUUCAGGAUUAAUCCAAAUAACCGGCUGUGCUACACCGUGGAAGAAGUUAAGGACUACUACCGCGAGUUUGUGGAACGGAGGCACGGCCUGCCCUACGAGGUUGACGGAGUCGUGGUCAAGGUUAAUCCGUUCAACUACCAGAGCUCCCUGGGUGUGGUGGGUCGGGAACCCCGCUGGGCCGUCGCUUAUAAGUUUCCCGCGGAGCGGGCGGUAACCAGGUUGCUGGAGAUUGGAAUCAACGUGGGCCGCACGGGCAGUCUCAAUCCUUAUGCCGUCCUUGAUCCGGUGGUAGUCAGUGGCGCUACUGUUAGGCAUGCGUCGUUACAUAACGAGGAAGACAUUCGCCGCAAGGACAUACGUGUCGGCGACUGGGUAACCAUUGAGAGAGCCGGGGACGUCAUCCCCCAGGUCGUGGGGCCGAUACUCGAUCGAAGGGACAGGGAUGCGGUGAAGUUCCAAAUGCCGGAGGCCUGUCCUGAGUGUGGCACGUCGGUAGUGAAGCCGGAAGGGGAGGCAAUGCAUCGUUGCCCCAACGCUUCCUGUCCCGCCCAGUUCUUUGAGUUGCUCAAGCACUUCGUCAGCAGGGGCGCUAUGGACAUGGACGGCCUGGGCGAGCAGUGGUGCCGGAUUCUCAUUGACCAGGGGUUUGCCAGCACCGUAUCGGACCUGUACUUCCUUGAGAAGGACAAACUGUUGGAACUGGACAGGAUGGGCGACCGAUUGGCUACCAAAAUUAUGGACAACAUUGAGGCCAGCAAAAACCGUCCGCUACCCCGGAUUCUCUUCGCGCUUGGCGUAACCCACGUGGGGGCCGAAGUGGCUGAACUGCUAACCCAGCGAUAUGCCAGUGUGGACCUGCUGGCAAAGGCGAGCCAGGAUGCACUGACCCAGAUCCCCGGAAUUGGGCCCAAAAUUGCCGAAAGCAUCUAUGACUACUUCCAGGUGGAGGGGAACCUCGCAGUAAUCGAAAAGCUCAAGCAGGCUGGGGUAAAACUGCAUCACGAGAUAGAAAUUGUGGAUCCAGUGAAUUGCACUGGAAUGGCCUGA